AUCAUACUCUCUAUUGUUUGCUAAGUUCUGUGCUAUCUAGUUGCACAUAUGUUACAAAAAAAUAAUCAUACAUUAUUUUCGAUACAUUUUUAUCAUAUAAUUAUUAAGAAGAUUUAAGAAGAAAAUAUAGAAGCUCCGAAUCGAGUGUUUCACUGCGAUGACAAUGAAAUUCAUAUUAAUUUCCAAUCUUUUAAUUGUGUCUGCAUAUAACAUCGAUAUAAGUCAUCCAAUAUUAUAUCCGAAUAGUGCGACUAACGCGGACGAAUAUCAGCAUACAAGAUUCGAACACAGUUAUUUCGGUUACUCGGUGCUGUUGCAUCAUGACUCGAAGAAGGAUUCGUCAUGGCUGCUCAUAGGAGCACCCCGCGGAAAUUAUACGCGGCCAUCGCGCGAUCGAGUGAACUUAAAAUUUCUAAACGCACCCGGUGUGGUUUAUCGCUGCGCUUUGCCGGGCCAGUGUAUAGAGAUCGAACCGGCUGUUAUCAAGGACGAAGAAAUAUAUAUAUAUCAACUUGAUAUGCGUGGACGUAUAAAGAAAAAACAGUCCUGGUUCGGUGGCGCAAUGUCGAUAGAAAAAAGUAGCGGUUUCCUCACGAUAUGCGCACCACGAACAAUUAUGAACAUUAUACUCAAGAAUAAUAAUUAUGUAGAGACUAUGCAGGGCAUGUGCUACAGUAAUCAGAUAUCGUCGACAAAAUUAGAUGCGGAAUUGUUUGAAAUUGAAAAUUAUGAUUACGACAAAAAUACAUGGUUUGAUCCAAUCCAUGGUUUCUCCGUUACCUUUGCAUCGCCUAGGGGUGAAGAAGCGAUAAGUCGUAUCAUAGGAAGACCAAAUGACAAUAUCACUGGUAGUGUCACUUUAGUACAAUUUUUUGCAAUACUCAAUUUUCUUCAGACAAAUCCGGAAACUAUGGAAAUACCAGUAAUCGAUAAUUUGUCGAUGUUUGGCUACGCGGUAACAUCAGGAUAUUAUUUCAAUCAAAAUCAAUCUCUUUAUGCCUGCGCAGAUCCAGGAUGGGAUUACGUGGGACAGGUCGCUAUAAUUGAUCCGAAUAGAAAAUAUAUGAUUACCCGUCUCUGGGGCACUGACAUCGGCGAAUUUUUUGGAGCGAGUUUGGCUACGGGCGAUUUAAACAAAGAUGGUUUGCACGAUCUCGUGAUCGGAGCACCACAUUGGGGAAACGAUAAUGGUAGAGUCCAUCUAUAUUUGGGUAGCCCGAAGAGAGAAUUCGAGGCAGCCGCGAUUUUAGAAGGAGCCAGCGAGGAUGCGCUGUUCGGUUAUGCGGUAGCGAGCGGAGAUCUAGACGGAGAUGGUUUUAGUGAUAUUAUCGUGGGUGCUCCUUGGGAGGAAUCUGGAGUAAUUUACAUUUAUAAUGGCGAUACAAGUUUAAAGGACAAAGUAAGACCUUCCGUGUCACAAAGGAUCACAAUGCAAUCACACGGCCAUACUUUUCCGAUGAACAUACAAACGUUUGGAUUUUCGAUAUCUGAGCCAAUCGAUAUAGACAACAAUGGAUAUGCAGACGUCGCAAUAGGCGCAUAUAAAUCAGGACAUGUCGUGGUACUUCGGAGUAAACCCGUCGUAAGAACCAAUUUGACCAUCUACACCGUUCCAAGCAUCUUACAAAGAAACAUCAGUGACUUUUUAAUUACAGUGUGCGUUAAUUAUCACGGUUACGACACGGCGAAUACACGCGCUUUUAGGAUUUCUCUUAUUGUGGACAAGAGAUAUAAACGGACCGACAAAACUUCAUUGGAAUUGUUCUCAACGGAACCUCCCGUUCAUAUGUGUGUGAAUACUAGUGUUACACUUUCGGAUAAUAUUCAAGAUUUCAUCGAACCAAUCGCUAUUUAUGCAACGCAUGAUUUUACAUAUAACGAUUCACCUGAAUUCUGCAAAAUAUGUCCCGUUGAGAGUAAGAGCAAUAAAUCCAAGAGCACGCAAACGCUUUUGCUUCCCUUCGAUAUUGGAUGCGGGGAGGACAGAGUUUGCAAUUCCAAUAUAUCUGCAACAGUUAAAUUUCGGGAAGUCAAGGAGAAUAAUUCGUGGGUAAUCGGUUCUAAUGAUAUCACGUUGGAAGUACACUUGGAGAAUUGUGCUGAGCCGGCGUAUCUUACGACAAUUGUAUGUAUCUUCCCGGAAGGCAUAGUAUUGCGUAGUAUUUUGCCAUUUUGUGAAGAGGACACGAAUGGGGAUAACUUGAUGGUUUUUUGUAACGUCGGUAAUCCGCUCGGAAUGAAUGAACAGAAAAUUAUAAAAUUAGAUCUGGAUAUGAAAUAUUUGACCAAUGGUUCAUUGCACGGACAUAUUCUGGAGUUCUCUACCGAAAUACGAACUCGUAAUGUAAAUCAUGGAACUCGUAUGAUUAAAUCUUGGCUUACUUUACAUAGUGAGGCGUCCUUAUUAUUAAACGGAAAAACGAUUGAAGAAAGUUAUUAUUUAUCUAAUUUGGAUAAAGAUCAAUUAAAUAUAACGUUUCAGCAUACUUAUCAGAUACUGAAAUUCGGUGCGACGUCUAUAGACGAAGCGCGAUUUACUGUCAAUGUACCAGCUGCCACAGAGAACGCAGGUUCUUUAGUGUUUUUAUAUAAACCGCGGAUAUAUAUAUCUGGAAAAUAUUAUAACUGUUUAUCGGACGGGAUAGAUUUAAUAGACGUGCAACAAAAUGAACUUCGAGGAGAAACAUCAUCCGAUUUGUACGCUUACAAUUCGGAUGAUAAUAAUGAUACACUGCAAAAUGCAACACAUGAUAUUUUCAAGAGAGAUGUGAACGAUCGUACGACUAUGGGGACUCGCAUAUUGCAAAUGUUUUAUAAUGCGAUAACAAUAAAAUCAGAAAUUUUAAAUGAUAAUCUGACAGUACCAGAAAGCGACAUUAUAUAUUUGAAUUGUUCAACGUACGGUGUGAAUUGUUCGACAGUGUAUUGCGAUCUCAGCGCGUUAAAAACGCGACAGGAUGUCGGCAAAUUUGCGAUGAAAUUAAUUAUUAACGCUACAAAACUCAAAGAUAAUUUUAAAUUGUCGGACAAAACAAAGAUUGUAAAAUUCAGCACAUUUGCUUACGUUGAAAUUAUACGCCCGACAAAUAGAAUUUUCAGCGUAGAGACUAAGCGUAAUAUAAAUCUCACGACAGAAUUUCGUAAUACCGCAAAGACGCAAAAACUGCAAUUGUGGGUUGUGCUAGUGUCGGUUUCAUUGGGUCUAAUAUUAUUAUACAUUAUUAUUAUUAUAUUAAGUAUGAUGGGUUUUUUCAAAAGAAUGACAAAGGAAGAAUUAUCUGCUUUAAAGACGAAUGAGAUAACAGAGGAUGAGAAUAAAAUAGAAAUCACAAAUAUUGAAUAGAAGAUUCUUUGUAUAUUUACCUAAAUUGUUAUUAUAGAUUUUGUAUAUAAUAAUAAUAAUAAUAAAUUUAAUUUUUUAAUAAAAAUUAUGUUUUCUUUUUUUUUUAUAUUAUACAGUUAUAGUACAUUGCCCAUACAAAGAUUCUUUCUUAAUUAUACAGGUGUAUUUAUAUAACAUCAUUUUAUGUAAUUUACAUUCUCUUAUCACCCAAUACAUUAAUAAUAUGAAUAAUAAAUAUUUACAUUUUCUAUUUGUAGGAAAUAAACAAUAAUAUUUAUGUAACAUUUUUGAUAUAAGCAGAUUUCUUCCAUUCAUAUACAAGUUUUAUAAAUCAAAGUAUCUAUCAUUUUUAUGUUAUAUAUAAGAAUAUAAAGAAAGACAUAUUUUGUUUUCCGUUACUGUAUAAUCUGCGAUUAUAAAUUAUGAUUUUGUAUAAUUUUAUAUCUGAUAUUCUUCCUUUUGCGCACGUUAUGCAAGUAUCAAAGUAGAUACUACAUACUUUUUUUCAAUUAAGAAAUUAUCAUAAUUGUGUGUACAAAUAUGUGAGUAUAAAUUAUUUCCACAUUCUUUUUCUUAAAAUACAAUUGCCUCAACAAUAUUAUAAUCGUAAUGCUAUCACGCGAUUUUUUAUCAUAAAUAAGAAUAUAUCUGAUAUAGGUGAAUUUAUAUGUUUAACGACACAUUCACACACCAUCAAAAAUCAAUUCUGCUUCUUCAAGCAUAUAGGAUGUCUUCUAUUUCAAGAGAUAGAUGAAAUGCAGACACAUUAUCAUGAUGAUAUAAGCUGCAUGCAUAUAUCAUAAGAUGUAGAAAUGUUGCAAUGUGCUUGCUCAGCCAACUGCUGCAUCUCAUAUAACCGUGUUCACCUCGUUAUAAUAAUUUUGGAGGUCCAUGUCCUUCAAAAGAGAGCUGCGCUGCUUUUCUCGUUCCUCGCUUCACAGUGCGAUCCAACUGAUAGUUAGUAUUCGAACUGCAACAGGUUCAUCUCCCAGUGAUGUAUCAUUUGUAUCAAUCCCAUUAGACUUCGAAUUGGAAAUCAGGAUAUCUGUCCUGAACUUGGAAUUUGAAAUAUUGUCCUGUAUGGUCUCUUCUUGUUUCUGGCUCUUCGUUCUUCCAUUGAUGUGCGUUAGUGUGUGCCGUUAGAAUCCGAACCAUUUUUAGUAUGACAAAAUUCAUAUUGAAUUUUGUACAUCGCAUAUACUGAUGCGAAUCGUUAAUAUAUAUCGCAAAAUUAAAAUUAAAAAAAAUAAAAAAAAAAAAAAA